GCUUGUAAUAGAAUAUCAACCCUGCGCCAUUAAUCAAAAAAGAAGUUUCGCGAUAACAUUUUACCGACGAAUUAAAGUAAAGAAAUUUUCCAAUUAUAAGAAAUACAGAAAAGAAACGUGAUAUUAUUGUUCUUAACACAAAACGCCAUCAGCAUAAUUGUUUAGAAACACUUUGGCAAUCUUAUUAGACAAAAAUACGCAAAAAUGGCUAUGCCCAAUUUGUCCCAUGCUGACUUGGAAAAGUUGAAGUUUUUCAUAAAUUUCGUGUCUGAAAAUCCAACUGUUCUUAAUUUGCCGCAACUACAGUUUGUAAAAGAAUUUUUGGAGAAAUUUGGAGGUAAAGUACCGUCUGGAGAAUUUAAGAUGCCUACUGGUGCUGCUGGAGGAAAAUGCCCAUUUGGUGGAGACGCAGCCGGUGGUAGUGGCAUGAAUGUUGAUGAAUCAGAGGAAUCCGAACUGGAGGAAUCGGAACCAGAGUCGGAAGUGGAAUUAGACAUGGAAGCCAGAACAAAACAUAAACGGAAAAAGCAGAAGAGCGGACCGGAUUUGGCGGAUAGAUCUGUUAUUGGCGAUAAUUUCAUCAAUACAAGUACAGUUUAUCUCGAGGAAACUAAAGCAAUUAGAAAACAAGAGCCUAUAAAAACUGAACGAGAAAACUCGGAUUGUGAAGAAAACAAUAUCGAGGAGUAUGAGUGUCAUGUAGAAGCUAUUUAUGACACUGAUGAAAGGGAUAAUAUUGGGGAGGACGAUCCUAUCGAAACCAAUGCGGCCCCAGUUGCGUUGAAAUUCGAGAUAGAUAGUGAUUGCGAAAAUGAAGAUUUACAGGAUGAAAAUUAUAAAGGCGAAGACGAUAGCGUUAGUGAUGAAUCUUCCGAAAUGGUUCGUCCUCGAAUAAAAACACGUAGUUGUAGACGUAAAUUACAGAGCAAGAAAGGAAAGCGUUACACAAAGAACCGACAUUUUUACACAGAAUUGAAACCCGAGAAAAAAGUUAAAAAACCUAAACCGGUUGAUUGCAAUGGGAAAUGCAAAAAGCAGUGUAGUAAAAUUGAUGAGGAUCAACGGAUGAAAUUGUGUAAAGAGUUCUGGUCACUGGGAUUCGUCGAACGAAAAAACUAUUUACUGUCAUGUGUAGAGAAAAAACCGCUUGGAAAAAUGCGCAUAAUAAAGAGAAUAAAAGAAGCACGUCAGCACACGAAUCACUAUUUCAUGCCUUCCAGUGACGGUGAACGUGUAAGAGUGUGCUUGGGUUUCUUUUUGAAAACACUUGUCAUAAGUGGUUACUUGGUAAAGGAUGCGCUGGAGCACAACGACGGUAAAGGACAUUAUACCGGUAUAGAUUUACGUGGCGGCAGCGGCGAGGGGCGUCGUCUAAAAACUGAAAUAGCAAAACAGAGGCGUUAUAAUUCUGUGGAGGAUCCUGUUUCUACUGAAGAUAAUUCGUUGACUGAAGAGACUAGUGAACAUAUAGAAGAUUUGGCCACAAAGGAGAUGGCUACAAAUAAUUCUGAUUUACUGCAUCAAAAAACAAAUAAACAAAGUGAAGAAAAUGAACCAGUACAAGAGAAGAAAAGUGAUGAAAGUACAAUAGCAAAGACUUCCACAUUAGCUGCACAGGAAAACAACAGCGCUGAAACUGAAGUUGUGCCAAUGGAGCAUACUGAAGCCGAGACCUCAUCUAUACAGAAAACUAAGUCCAAAUCCUAUAAUCGCUCGUCCAGAAAAGGCAUUUCUAUAAAGAAAGAUCGUGUGCCACAACCAGUCAAUUGCGCCGAAUCAUGUCGAUUUAAAUGUCACACAAAAUUCACCGAAGAACAACGUGCGCUACUAUGUGCAGCAUUUUGGCGUUUGAGUUAUAAAAGACGUAAAGACUUUGUGCUAUCACGCGUUGAAGUGCAUGAAAACACCAACACGACUGCAGCAGAGCACCGAAAGACAAAUCGUGUACGUGUAUACACAAAUCGGUAUUUUCUACGUGGUGAACGCGGUGAAAAUGUACGCGUCUGUUCACGUUUCUUCAAUACAACGCUCUGCAUCGGCAGUCACUUCCUCGCCAAUGCACAGAAGAAUGUGGAUAAGCAAACCGGUGCCUACGCUGGCGAAGACCGGCGGGGGCGUAAUGGCAAAAAGACUAAAUUUCCAGAGGAACUUAUUGCCGGUGUGCGCGAACAUAUCAACAGCUAUCCAACAUGGGUGCCACACAAAAACUACAAAACACGCUUUCUGCACAGUUCUUUGAACAUAAUGAAAAUGUAUGCCGAGUAUAAAGAGGACUGUGAACGCCAAAAUAAAAUUGCGCUCAGUUCCAGCUACUUUCGUAGGGUGUUCCAUAAGGAUUUCAAAUUGGCUUUUUUGCAACCUACUUCCAAGCAUGCGCACAAAGUAAGCUCACAGCGAAAAUGCAUUGAGACAGUUAAAACUGACACAACCAAGAACAUCACUAAUGCAAAUGUUGAUCCUUCAUUGGCGGUUGACAGCACACUUGUCAAGAUAAACGCUGCGCCUAUAACGAAAAAGCUCAAUCCGAACAUUUCCACAUUCACCGGUGAAGAGGGCGGCUUUUGGACGCAAUUGACGCCAAAUGCAACUGAAACCAUGCGCUUCUUGCAGCAGCGCUAUGCGCCACAAGCGUCUACGCCUGUUAUUGUGCCCACAAUAUAUCAUCACCAACAGCAACUGGCUGCACAGCAACCUCCACCACCACCAACAACGCAAAUGCAACCACAGCAACAACAGCAGUUGCCACCCACACUUAUGCCUACAUCUGCCUAUCAGCUGCUACCACAAGCCGCCGGCUAUGUACACCAGCCGCACAUCAUGAACGCCGGCUACGAAAGCGAAGAGCGAGCACAAAAUUUUCAUAUGCUUUAAAGUAUGAUACACAUUUAGUUAUAAGUAAGAAUAUAAGUUGUUUAAUAUUAAGUAACUUAAUAUAAAUUUAAGAGUCCAUUCAUAUGAAGAGAACUUUACUUUAAGCAAGCUUGGAAUUUUUAUUUUACUUAUUCGGUAUAUUUUGCCUAUGUAUCUAAUGAUAAGUGUAAUAAGAAUUAGCCACAAUUAUGAAAUAAACAGCUUGAGUUUAGCAAGGCAAGCCGCCAAGUGUGUUUCUAGUAUUGUCCAUCCCACUA